AUGACCCACGCCAGGGUUGACACUAGAUCGAGUGACUCCACGCCCGACGCCCGACGAUCUGCCAGUGUCAGUGUCAGUAAGCAAGAAAGGUUGGGAGAGCUUUGCUGGUGUCGCACCACGGCCACCCGUGACCUUCAAGAGGACGUCCACCAACAGCAGCAGGCCUCGGAAGCCAUGUCAGAAGGAAAAGAGAGAAUGAUGUCCAAUGCUGCCACACCUCCGGCCACCCAAUCCAGAGUUAAAGAUUCAAGAAUAAUGGGAAAGGAAGAAAUUGCUGAUAUCCGAAAUCAGCUGCAAAAUGAAGCUGAGAACAUUGCUUGCUGGAAGGCUUCUACAGAAAUCAAGGCAAAAAACAUGGAGCGAGAACUGCAGGAAAAGCAGAAUAUCAUCGAUGACCAGCGUAGGAACCUGAUGGAGCUGCAGCUGCAUUCAGAGCACCUGUCUCAGUCUCUCUUCCAGGAGCGGCAGGAGCGGAAACUAGUUGCUGAUAAAGUAGGACACACUCGUCAGUUGUUCUUAAGCUUACAAGAACAACAUAAGAAAUUGUCUGAGACUGUCUCUUGUUUUCAAAGUAUUAAGGAUGAGAUACAAAUGAAACGUGAUUUUUUUAUAGAGGAGCUAAAAAAACUCAACGAAAACUUUAAACAGCAAAAGGAUACCAUAGAAAAACUUACAUUAGAAGCUAAAGAAAAUGCUCACAAUUUUGAAAAGGUAAGAGAAUCAUUGAAAAGAAGUAUUAUGAAAAAAGAUCAAGAAUUAGAAGAACUGAAUGUUCAAGUGGAAGACCUAAAAUCUGAGAAACAAAAUUUGGCUGAAAGUUUGGAAAGCACAACAAGCAACCUUUCUUCUGUGCAAAAUGAGAAGACACAGUUGUGCUCUCAGCUUGAUGAAGUGAGGAUUUCUUUACUCAAGGCUGAAGAGCAGUUCAAACUACAAUAUGAAAAAUUAUCUGAGCAGAUUACAAGAGCAGAUGAAGAACUGAAGCUUGAACAUGAACAACUGGUGGAAAGAACAAAAGAAUUUCAGGAAGCUGCAGAAAAAAUACAAUAUUUGAAAAAGGCAAAUGACACUCUGGAAGGAGCCAACAGUGAGCUGAUAGAGAGAGUAACAGCUCUGGCUGCUCGUAAACAAGGACUAGAGGAGGAGAUCAUCUACAAGGAAAAUAUCAAUCAAACUCUUCAGUCAGAUCAAGAGAGAUCUGUAAAAGAAAUAAACGAACUGAACGGGAAAGUCAGUGAAAUGUGUUCUCAGCUGUCUAUUGUUGAAAAUCAUAGAGAAAGCCUUGAGCAAGAAAGAAACAAGCUAGCAGAGAAAUUUCAGACCACAAAAAAAAAGUUGUUGAAAAAGAAAAACCUUUUGGAGCAGUUUAAGGAACAGGUUAUGACCCUCGAAAGUGAUCUAGAAGCUAAGAAAACUGCACUGAUGCAUGUGGAAGAGGAAAAUAAAAAAAAAGAGGAAAUUAUCCAUAAUUUAGAAGUUUCCCUGAAUGAAAGCAAGAAAGACAAUAUUACUUGUAAUGAAACCUUGCAAGAGAUGGAACAGAAAAUUUCUCUUGCUGAGCAUCAUGAAGCUCAAUUUAUAGAAGAGAAGAAAAAAACGGAGGAAGAGCUAAAAAAAGUCAGUUCAGAUUUGAAGGCAAAAGACCAGGAGUGUGAAGAUCUCUUGGCAACAAUAAAGGAGCUGAAAGGAGUAAUAAAGACUACUGAAAAAGAAUGUGAAGCAAAAAUUAAGAAUGUUUCUUCAGAGACAAAAUCAAGAAGGAUUUUAGAACAAAAAAUCCAUGGACUAGAAGAAAAACUAAAGAAAGCUGCAAAUAAUGCUGAAAAUCAAGAAACUGAACUAGAAAAGGUUAAAAUUGUAGUAACUGAAAAGGAAAAGGAGUUGGAGGAACUUAAAAAAUCUUUAGAUCAGUGUUUCUGUGAAAAGCAAGAAAUCCAGUAUAGAUAUGAAACCAAAGAUCAAUCAUUUCAAACUUAUAAAAAUCAUACUAAUUCAAACUUGGAAACACUCAAAGCUGAACUUGAUCUUACUAAAGAAAUGCUAGAAAAAAAUAAAGGUGAACAUGAGCAACGAGUACAUAAGCUUCAAGAAGAAUUAGAGGAAGCAAAGAAAACUUUGAAUUCGUCAGAGGCCGCUCACAAAAUUAAACUUCAAGGAAUUGAAAAAACUCUCCUUUACCAAAAUAACAUCACUGUGGAGCAACAUACGGAGGAGGUUGCUUCUUUGGAGGCAAAGAUAGAGAUUAUGACAAAGGAACUGAAACAAGUUAAAGAGGAGGCCAGCAUUGUCACCAAGGAGAAACUAAACAUAAAAUUAGAAUCAGACAACAAAGUAAAGGAAAUGAGUGAUCUUUUAGAUAAAUAUAAAACUGACAAGGAGACCAAACUAAAAAUAGCUGAGGAAGAGCUCCAGAAGAGCCAGUCACAAAAUACACAGCUUAUGAAGGAGAAGAAUGAACUGCUGGCCAAAAUCAAGGCACAAAUCAACAACUGUAAUGCAAAUGAAAAAGUGAAAGUUGCCAUAACACAGGCCAUGAAAAAUGAAGUUGAAAAAGUCUCCAUACCUCCAACAAUGAGCCCUAACAUUAAAACUCCCAGUCCUGAAUCAUAUUUAGAUAUCAUGAACACAUUUGCUAAACCUAGCAUUCCCUUGGCACCCAGAAGUAUCAUUAAACCUGAAGCUGACAAAGUGCAGCAUGGAAAACCAGUGUCCAGUAUCCUAAAAACAAGCCGACGUACCCUGCUGCCUCCAGAAUUCCAGAAACGUGUAGUAUUUAAGCCACUUACAUCCACCAGAGACUAUACUUCUGGAGAGUCAAGCUCAGAUGCUUAUGCAUUAGAGGCUGCUGAUAGUGAUGAGUCAUUUGAGGAAAUAAGGCGAGUCAGAAGAUAUCCAAACAUUAGACCAGAAAUAGUACCAAGAGCCAGUGUUGCUCCUUUCCUUCCUAAGAUCACUACCCCUCAGAAAAUCCCGUCGUCUCACAAUGAACAUAACAUGAAUAAUGAGGUAAACAGAGGUCCACCAGCGAACUCCUCAAAGAGAAAGCGGGGAAGGAGUGAUCAACAAAAACUGAAUUUGAAGACAUAUAGUGCUGUUAGUCCAAAGAAUAAGCAACAGAAAAUGCCACAGAAAUUAUAGGAAUCACACUACAUCUAAUUGAAUGAAAUUCUUAGAUUCCAUGAAGACUAGGAGAUUGUGAUUUAAAGUUUCUUAAUUGAAGCACAAAAUGUGCUUACUCUUGCAAAUGUUAGAGAUGUUAUAGUAACAUUUACAUUUCCUUACUAAUAGUGUUCAAAUAUUUCAGUAAUCUUUAAAUACAUUGAUGGAAU